AUGACAGCGCCCCCCCCAAAGCGCCCUCGCAGCCCCGGCCUCAUCCCCAAUCCCCUGGUCAAGAAGCGCAACCUCCAAUGGACCCUGCGCUCUCCCGCCGCCAACGACAAGGACAACGACCACCACGCCUCGUCAUCGCCGUCUCCGCCGCCGCCGCCUCCCCCUACCACCGCCGCCAUCGAGUCCGGCGCAGUCCUCGUCACGGACCACCUCGCCCACUUCACCCUGCACCUCUCGGCCCGCGUCCUCGUCGCGUCCUCGUCCCUCUCCGUGCCCUCCUACGCCGCUCUGUACCGCUCCAACGCAGGGAGCCCGCUCGGCGCCCACUUUGUCGUCCACCAGCACGACCACCCCGUCGCCGGCACCCACUAUGACUUGCGCCUGCAGAUCAACGAGACGAGCAGUGUCAGCUGGGCUGUCAUGUACGGCCUGCCCGGUGAUCCCAACAGCAAGAGGCUCAACCGCAACGCCACAGAGACGAGGAUUCAUUCCUUGUGGAAUCACCUCAUCGAAACGGCCUCGCCAGAAACAGGCUCCCUGCUCAUCUGGGACACGGGCACAUACUCCAUCCUCCCCCGCCGGAGCAAGCACGCACCCCGCCAAGACCCCUCCUCACCACCCACCUCGCCACCCUCGUCGGCCGCCCCCUCCCCGUCUACACAGCAGGCUCUCCUCGAAAAGGCCUUUCACAGCCGCAAGAUUCGGCUCCGGCUGCACGGCUCCAAACUCCCUGACCCCUACGUGCUCAAUCUGCGGCUCACCAAGGCCGAGGACGCGUCCGGCCGCUCGAGAAGUCUGCGUUGCCCGAGAACGCGGAGACGAAGGCCUCGCGCCGAGCAUGCGCAGCCCGAGACUAGCAGCUCCGACGACGAUGACCAUGCUGACGAUGAGGAUGAGGAAGACGACAAGCAUAUUGUUGUCCCGCCGGGCCAAGAAGCUGACCCUACUGGCAAUGUCUCCGCCCUGGACCGCGAGCUGAGGGAGCUCGAGGAUGACCAGGUCCGCCGCACUAACGCCUACCCCGGAGCCGUCAACACCAUCGGCAGCAUCCAUCAACGCAGGUGCGUCGUGACUGGCCGGCGCGGUGAGGACGUCCUUCGAGACGAACAAGUCACCUCUUUCGUUCGCCGCCAGGGCUGGGCUCCCGUACUAAACUAA